AUGAAGCCAUCGCUUCCAUAUGAUUCUUCCACGCUUUCCAUUUGGCAUCGCACGACACGGUCAUUCCCACACCUUCAUGCAAAUCAUUUUGCCGAUGUUCCGGCUUCUGCAAGAUAUCUCAUUAUCGGUUCCGGCAUUUCAGGCGUUUUAACUGCCUGGAAGCUUGUUGAGAGCGGCAUCGAGGGCGAUGAGAUUUUGAUCAUUGAAGCUCGAGAAGCUGUGUCGGGCGCUAGUGGCAGAAAUGCCGGCCAUAUUCGACCUGAUGCUUUCCGUGGUUUCUCUGGAUAUGCUUCAUACCACGGACCUGAACAAGCUCGGAAGAUCCUGGAGAACGAGAAAAGGGUGAUGGAGGAUAUCCAAGACUUUGUGAAAACUCACAAUAUCGACUGCGACUUCAACCUGACGACGACCUUCGAAGUUUGCUUCUCCGACAAAUUUGCUAAAGAAGCAGCCGACGCCUUCGAAGCAUAUAAACGCGCUGGUGGUGAUGUGGACCCCGUCAGGUUCUACGAAGGUGAGGAAGCAAAAGCGAGAACUAAGGUUCCAGGAGCUUUAUGCGCCUAUGAGUGGACCGCUGCAUCAAAUCAUUCUGGGAAAUUAGUUCAGUGGAUUUUGAACGACGCCAUUAAAAAAGGAGUCAAGCUAUGGACACAUUGUCCUGUAACGAAAGUUGUCAAACAUCAGAGCUCUGAAGACCAAUUUCGUUGGGACAUCCAUACUCCCCGUGGAGUCGUCGCUGCUGAGACCGUCAUUCACUGUACUAAUGCCUAUGCGGCCUAUCUGAUACCAGAAUUAAGCCAGUUCAUCACAGCAAAUCGCGCCCAGUCUCACGCGUUCAUUCCGCGGUAUUCGCUUUCUGGGGAGCAUAGAUUGAAGAGCACAAUGGCUCUUCGGUACGAUGUGGGGAGCUUCUUCUCUGUGAAUCCUUUGCUCAAUGGCACCAUUAUAUUCGGCGGGACGGGGAUCAGGAGUCUUUCUGAAAACCCCGAGGCACCGUCUGGAUUCAUGAAUACCUUUGACGAUACCUCCUACAGCAAUUUGAUCGCAGGAACUGCUACAAGAGAGUUUAACUCUCUAUCUCGAGAGGCAGCAGAGGUUCCGCUGCGACAUGGUGAAGGUUUAGAUCAUGCCUGGACCGGAAUCAUUGGGAUGACCCCCGACAGUGUACCUUUAGUCGGUCCCCUUGAGGCCCUUGAGGGCCAAUGGAUUUGUGCCGCCUUCAAUGGUCAUGGUAAGUUUCCUUGUACAUUUGUGCUCGUCAUCGCAGGGCUGAUCUUUAUCUUCUUCACAGGAAUGGCGGGCAUCUUCAGGUGUGCCCCUGGAUUGGUUAAGCUCAUAUUAGGGCAAACUUGGCAGGAUACCGGUCUUCCCGAAUGCUUCCAGAUCAGCAAAGAGAGAAUCGACAGAUUCAAAGAGCCUAUCAAAAGUUCCCUCUGA